GCGCCCCACGUGACGCAGGUGCGGCCCCCGCCCCGCCGCUCCCGGCGAUCCCUCCCUGCCCUCCCCUCCCUGCCCUGCUCUCCCCUCCCUGCCCUGCCCUUCCCUGCCCUUCCCUCCGCGGAUGCGCCGGACCCUCCCCGCCCCCGCAGACUUGGAUCGUCUGUCUAAUAAACAAACAUGAGUCAUCUGAAGUUGUUUGCAACUGUGCUGAAGUGUCAUGGCACUAAACUUCUGGAAAAGCAGAACAUAGCCAGAAGGGCAUUUUUACAUGGCCAACGGUGUCUUUCGUCAGGAACCUCAGAACCUUUCCUAAGUGGGGGCAAUUCAAGUUAUGUGGAGGAAAUGUACUAUGCAUGGCUUGAAAACCCUGAAAGUGUGCAUAAGUCCUGGGAUUUGUUCUUCCGAAAUGCUAAUGUUGGCCAAGCACAUGAUCCCCAUCUGCCAGCACAGCUGGAAAGAAAAGCAUCAUUUCUUCAGAGCCACGGCCUGGCCCAGACACCGGGAAAAGCUGAAAAGCUUGUUGAAGAUCACCUUGCUGUGCAGUCUUUGAUCAGAGCAUACCAAAUCCGUGGUCACCAUGUGGCUCAGCUAGAUCCCCUUGGAAUUCUGGAUGCAGACCUGGAUUCCUUUGUUCCCUCUGACCUAAUUACUACAAUCGAUAAGCUCGGGUUUUAUGGUUUGCAUGAAUCAGAUUUGGACAAAGUCUUUCAGCUGCCAACAACUACCUUCAUAGGAGGAAAUGAGAACAGUCUUUCUUUACGAGAGAUCAUCAAACGCCUGGAGAAUACCUACUGCCAGCACAUUGGCUUGGAGUUCAUGUUCAUCAAUGAUGUGGAGCAGUGCCAGUGGAUCCGGCAGAAGUUUGAGACGCCGGGAAUUAUGAAGUUUACUAAUGAGGAAAAAAGGACUUUGUUGGCCAGGCUGGUGCGCUCAAUGAGAUUUGAAGACUUCCUUGCUCGCAAGUGGUCUUCUGAAAAGAGAUUUGGUUUGGAAGGAUGUGAAGUAAUGAUUCCUGCUCUUAAGACCAUCAUUGACAAAUCCAGUGAAAUGGGAAUCGAAUAUGUUAUAAUGGGGAUGCCUCAUAGAGGUCGGCUGAAUGUAUUGGCUAAUGUAAUCCGAAAAGAGCUGGAGCAGAUCUUCUGUCAGUUUGAUCCCAAACUUGAAGCAGCUGAUGAGGGAUCUGGAGAUGUAAAAUAUCAUCUGGGAAUGUACCAUGAGAGGAUCAACCGAACAACAAACAAGAAAAUCACUCUAUCCCUGAUGGCUAACCCUUCUCACUUGGAAGCAGUUGAUCCUGUUGUGCAGGGGAAAACAAAAGCUGAGCAGUUUUAUCGAGGGGAUACAGCAGGGAAAAAGGUUAUGUCCAUACUAUUACAUGGGGAUGCUGCCUUUGCAGGACAAGGAGUGGUUUAUGAGACGUUUCAUCUUAGUGACCUCCCAUCCUACACCACAAAUGGCACCAUUCACGUUGUGGUCAACAACCAGAUUGGCUUCACCACAGACCCCCGUAUGGCCCGUUCAUCUCCAUAUCCUACUGAUGUUGCUCGUGUGGUCAAUGCUCCCAUUUUUCAUGUGAAUGCUGAUGACCCUGAAGCAGUGAUGUAUGUGUGCAAUGUGGCUGCAGAAUGGCGAAACACAUUCAAUAAAGAUGUGGUGGUUGACUUGGUUUGUUACCGUAGGAGAGGGCACAAUGAAAUGGAUGAACCCAUGUUCACCCAGCCUCUAAUGUACAAACAGAUCCACAAGCAGGUGCCAGUGCUGAAGAAAUAUGCUGACAAACUGAUUGCAGAUGGGACUGUGACACUGCAGGAGUUUGAGGAAGAAAUUGCGAAGUAUGAUAGAAUAUGUGAAGAAGCAUAUACUAGAUCCAAGGAUAAUAAGAUCCUACAUAUCAAGCACUGGCUUGAUUCACCUUGGCCUGGAUUCUUUAAUGUGGAUGGAGAACCCAAGAGCAUGUCUUGUCCUCCCACUGGCAUUUCGGAAGACCUGCUGACUCACAUUGGCAAUGUAGCUAGUUCAGUGCCAGUCAAAGACUUCAAAAUACACUCAGGACUCUCUCGGAUUCUGAAAGCCCGCUUGGAAAUGACCAAGAACAGGGUUGUUGACUGGGCCUUAGCAGAGUACAUGGCUUUUGGCUCUGUUCUGAAGGAAGGGAUCCAUGUCCGACUAAGUGGGCAGGAUGUGGAGAGAGGUACUUUCAGCCAUCGCCAUCACGUGCUUCACGACCAAGAAGUUGACAAGAGAACGUGUGUCCCCAUGAAUCACCUGUGGGAGCAGCAGGCCCCCUACACCGUGUGCAACAGCUCCCUGUCCGAAUACGGGGUCUUAGGUUUUGAACUUGGCUUUGCUAUGGCGAGUCCCAACGCCCUGGUGUGCUGGGAGGCCCAGUUUGGUGACUUCCACAACACGGCACAGUGUAUAAUAGACCAGUUCAUCAGCUCUGGCCAGGCCAAGUGGGUCCGGCACAACGGGAUCGUCCUGCUCCUGCCGCACGGAAUGGAAGGAAUGGGUCCAGAGCAUUCAUCAGCCAGGCCUGAGAGGUUUCUGCAGAUGAGCAAUGAUGACUCUGAUGCCUAUCCAGAGUUCAGUGAGCAGUUUGAAGUUUCCCAGCUGUAUGAAUGCAACUGGAUUGUGGUGAAUUGUUCAACUCCAGCCAACUACUUUCAUGUCCUCCGAAGACAGAUCUUGCUGCCAUUCAGAAAGCCGCUGAUUGUUUUGACACCCAAGUCACUGCUGAGGCAUCCAGAAGCUAAAUCCAGUUUUGAUGAAAUGGUGACUGGUACCACUUUCCAGCGCGUGAUUCCUGAGAAUGGUCCGGCAGCUCAGGCGCCACAUGAGGUCAAGCGAGUGAUUUUCUGCACAGGAAAGGUGUACUAUGAUCUUGUGAAAGAGAGAAAGAAUCAAGACCUGGAGAAACAAGUAGCUAUAACCAGACUUGAACAGAUCUCACCAUUCCCCUUUGACUUGCUGAAAGAAGAACUUGAGAAGUAUCCAAGUGCUGAUCUAGUUUGGUGUCAGGAGGAGCACAAAAACAGUGGAUAUUAUGAUUAUGUCAAACCUCGUUUCCGCACUAUUGUGAACCACACUCGACCUAUCUGGUAUGUUGGCCGAGAGCCUGCUGCUGCAGCUGCCACAGGCAACAAGAACAUGCAUCUGGUGUCACUCAGGAGAUUCUUGGAUACAGCUUUCAAUCUGGAGGCCUUUGAGGGAAAAACAUUCUAACUUCAGGGCACUGACCCAUCUCUGGCUAGUAGUCUCUCAAAACACUGCAUCCAAAAGAAAACAGAAGUGGGGAAAAUACUGGAAAUUAUGUAACUUUGCUUUACCAAAUAAAAGGAUCCAGCAGCUGAUUUCAUUAA